CGUUCAACUUUUUUUCGUCCCAUUUGCUUGCAUCGCCUCGCGACGGGUUGUUAAUCGGGCCCCGCCAAGAACAACUCAAACCAAACAAGACCUCAAAAGAUAAGCCGACGAGAUGGCGGCAGUAUACAAGUCGUUAUCCAAGAGCGGGUCCAAGGCCGAAAAGGACACAGAGAACAAUGGCACCGUGGAAAGGAAAAACAAGCAGAGAGUGCUCAUCCUCUCGUCGCGAGGCGUCACCUACAGGCACCGACAUCUCCUCAAUGACUUAGCAGCUAUGCUCCCGCAUGGGCGGAAAGACGCCAAGUUUGACUCCAAGUCUAAGCUUUAUCAGCUCAACGAGUUGGCCGAACUCUACAACUGCAACAACGUGCUCUUCUUCGAGGCGAGGAAAGGGAAGGAUCUGUACAUGUGGUUCAGCAAAGUACCAAACGGUCCUACCGUCAAGUUUUAUGCCCAGAAUUUGCACACAAUGGAAGAAUUGCACUUCACGGGGAACUGCCUCAAGGGCUCACGACCAAUCCUCUCUUUUGACGGCGCCUUCGAGUCCGAACCCUACCUGCGCGUCAUCAAGGAGAUCUUCCUACAGAUCUUUGGCGUGCCGCAGGGCGCGCGCAAGUCCAAGCCCUUCAUUGAUCACGUCAUGGGCUUCAGCGUGGCGGAUGGCAAGAUCUGGGUCCGCAACUACGAGAUCCGGGAGGUCGAAAAGGUUAAGGGCGACGGCGGCGGCGGCGACGACGAUAACGGCGAGGGCGAAGAGAAGCACAGCGGGCGCAAGGGCAAGGGCGGCGGCAGGGACACGGACAUCAGCCUGGUCGAGAUCGGGCCCCGGUUCGUGCUUACGCCGAUUGUCAUUCAAGAGGGCGCUUUCGGCGGACCGAUCAUUUACGAAAAUAAGCGCUUCAUCUCGCCAAACAAGAUCCGCGCCGAGCUGCGGCGGGCGAAGGCGAGCCGGCAUGUGGCCCGGAUGGAGCAACAGAGGGAUACGCUGGCGCGGAAGAGGAACCUGGGUUUGAUAGAUGGCCAGAAGAAGGAUCAGACUGGAUUAGAUACCCGGGAGCUGUUUGCUUAGGUUUGGGAAAUGGGAUUUUUUGGGGCUGGCGUUCGUUCUCUGGGCCUUGCUUGGUUGAUGGGCUGUGGUAUGUUCCGCAACUUGUGGCGAUGGCGCUUGUGAAUGGCUAAUCACAUCGACUGGAUGGUAGUAAAGGCGCUAUCCGGCCUACCUCGUUCAGCCGUUGAGAUGCGGCGUCGUCUAGCUUUUCUUAUAAGUACUGUACUGGAUAUGUACCACCCCACCACAUCUGGUCAGGCAUUGAACUGCGACCCGCUAGGAGCGAACUCAAGACAGUGGGGCCUGCCGGCCGACUGUACCUUCGUACCCGGCUGUAUCUCGCGCUCAGCAAUAAAACCAGGCCCUUUUCCCGGUUCUCU